AGAGCGUUGCACAUUCCAAUCGUUUCUGGGAGUCCCUCCAAAAGACGAACUCACCCGCUGUGUUUAUCUCCUUCCCUGACAAUAUCGCAUUUCAGGCCGCUCCCGCUGACCAUGAGCGAUAACACCAACGGCACGGGCGCAAGCCCCGAGCAUUACGCUAUUGGUAUCUCCUUCGGAAAUUCCUACAGUUCAAUAGCACACAUCUCUGGUGAAGGCAAAGUCGAAGUGAUUGCCAAUGAAGAAGGAGAUCGACAAAUACCCUCGAUCCUCUCUUACGUUGGUGGAGAAGAAUUCCACGGUACCCAGGCCAAAUCGCAGUUGGUUCGAAACAGCAAAAACACAAUCGCCUACUAUAGAGACUUUGUCGGAAAGGAUUACAAGGCCAUAGACCCUACACCCUGCCAUGCCUCAGCCCACCCUAUCGAAUCGAACGGUCAAAUCUCAUUCUCCGUGCAAGAGAAGGAAGAUGGUGAACAAAGCACUCUAUCUGUAGCUGAGGUCUCGACGAGGCAUUUACGGCGACUACAGAAUUCUGCGUCUGAUUUCACCGGAAAGACUGUCAAUGCUGCUGUCGUAGCCGUCCCCUCAGACACAAGCGAGGAACAAAAGGCCGCAUUGACAAAAGCGGCCGCGGCCAUUAAUGUUGAAAUCCUUCAGUUCAUCCCCGAGCCAGUCGCCGCCCUACUAGCCUACGACUCCCGAUCCUUUGAUGCUGCCUCCGACAAGACUGUUGUCGUUGCGGAUUUCGGCGGCAACCGAUCCGAUGUCGCCGUCAUCGCUUCAAGAGGUGGAAUGUACAGUAUUUUGGCUACUGCCCACGACUAUGAAUUGGGUGGCUCGCAGCUCGACCAGGUCCUCGUUGACCACUUUGCCAAGGAGUUCGAAAAGAAACACAAGUCAGACCCCCGUAAGAACGAGAGAAGUUUGGCCAAGAUGAAGCUCGAGUCCGAGGCCGUGAAAAAGACUCUGAGUCAGAGCGCCAGCGCCACUUUCAGCGUCGAGAGUCUCGCGGAUGGCAUCGACUUCCGGUCGACUGUGAACCGAAGCCGUUAUGAGAUUCUAGCGUUGAAAACAUUCAGUCGCUUUACACGACUAAUCGAGGAAGCCAUCAAGAAAGCCGACCUGGACGUGCUCGACAUUGACGAGGUCGUGCUGUCUGGAGGCACAUCCCACACCCCUAAGAUCGCAAAGAACAUCGAAGCUUUCUUCCCUGAAACCACCCAGGUUCUGGCCCCUGCAACAUCGGCAACAGCGCUGAACCCAUCCGAACUUUCGGCAAGAGGCGCCGCGCUACAAGCGUCUCUGAUCCAAGAAUUUGACAAGGAAGAUAUCGAUCAGUCAACCCACGAAAUGGUGACAGUCACACCACACCUGACGGCAGCUAUCGGGUACCAAGUUACCGGACAGCCGACUAGUUCGCUUUCGGUCAUCAUCCCUCCAGACACAGCGGUCCCUGCAAGACGGACGAAAGUAAUUGAGGGUCUAGAGGGUGAUGUGCUCCUCCGCAUUUCUGAAGGAGAACGAGAAAUUAAAGUCACUCAGGCGGAAGCUCCACCGAAACCAGAGACGAACGGUGCCAAGGAUGUCGAGGAUGACGAUGACGAUUCUGAUAUGGACGAGGAUGAUGAGCCUGAGGAGAUCCGCGAGAAGGUCUGGAAGCCCAAGAAGGCACUGGCCGAGUUCGUAUUCAAGGGUCUGAAGAAAGGAUCCAAAGUUGAAGUUAUGGUUGACGUUGAUGGUGAACUAGCCGUGUCAAUCACUGCUCGACCUGUCGGUGGCAAGGGUGGUGUUAGAGGCGAAGUCAAGGCUCCCCAAGUGACUUCUAAUGGCAAAGCAUGAGAAUUGAUUAGAUGAGAUGUUUUGUAGACGGGUGGUUUGCUUUUGAGCCAAGCCCAUCUGGCUUACUAGAUAUUAAGUAGUUGAUGGCAUCGGCAUGGUACGGCGUGCAUGGUUAACAUUACAGCAACAUGCUCUUUCCCCUUGCUUUGGUUUGUGUGGUCUUGGAGCAAGAGGAGAGAUCAUAUCAGUAGAUAGCCAAAAGAAAAGAAGAACAGAGCCGGUGCUUUUGAUAGGGGGUCAUUUCUUAUCUCAUGCACAAACAAGACUUUUUUCUCUUAAGUCCAUUGACUCUGGGACUUUGAUGAUUCAUAUGCAGAUGGUCUUGAUGUAUGGAUUUAAUUUUAGACAGGCAAACAAAGAGUCUGAGUACUCUCACUUUUAGAGGUUG